UUGACGGCAGCCAACAAUUAACAAAUUGCACUUUACAUUUCCAUCACUGGAUUUGUAUGACGGUUUUGCCAUUCGAGAUCGUGUGGGGCGCGUUUGUUUGGCUUCCGUAUCAGUUCGGUUAUCGCUGGAACUUCCGGAGUUGGACCUAGGGUCCGUGGGAUACGACUCAUUCAUCUGUUAAAGGCACUCUGCGAAACCAUCCCCGUGAGUACCGCGGUUCUCAGUUUGCGGCGCGCAGGCAUGAACUCGCUGCGUCAAUUCGCUCGCCCCAAGGCGCUACAAAGCCUGGCCAUCCCUCCGAAGCAGAGCUUCAGCGCAAUUCGAUUAUGGCAGAGGCAUUUCAGCAGUACUCCAGCUGUUGCUUCCCGGCUAGCUGGCAUUGAUCCUUCAAAGCUUACGGUUACCAAAACGAGCACCCCUAAAGAAUUGACACCUGCUAAGGAUCUCGUUUUUGGCAAAACUUUUACUGAUCAUAUGCUUGCUAUUGAAUGGUCAGCAUCCAAUGGCUGGGAUGCCCCUCGUAUUGUCCCCUACCAAAACCUAAGCUUGGAUCCCUCGGCUUGUGUGUUUCACUAUGCUUUUGAAUGCUUCGAAGGCAUGAAGGCCUAUAAAGACAACAAUGGCCAAAUUCGGCUGUUCCGUCCAGACAAGAACAUGGAGCGCUUGAACAAGUCUUCAUCGCGAAUUGCUCUCCCUACCGUUGAUGGUGAGGCUCUGACUCAAUUGGUUGGGGAGCUCGUGAAGCUGGACAGCAGAUUCAUCCCUAGUGCUCGGGGUUACUCACUCUACCUGCGGCCCACAAUGAUUGGCACGCAAAGUACCCUUGGGGUUGGUCCACCAGGUUCUGCCCUUUUAUUCGUCAUCGCAAGCCCUGUUGGGCCUUAUUACCCCACUGGUUUCAAAGCCAUCUCUCUAGAGGCCACUGACUAUGCUGUUCGAGCCUGGCCCGGUGGUGUUGGAGAUAAGAAGCUGGGUGCUAACUACGCUCCGUGCAUUGUUCCUCAACUGAGCGCAGCCUCCCGAGGCUUCCAGCAGAACUUGUGGCUUUUCGGUGAGGAAGAAUACGUGACUGAGGUCGGAACUAUGAACCUCUUUAUUGCGUUGAAGAACAAGGAAACAGGGCAGAAGGAACUAGUCACUGCUCCUUUAGAUGGAACCAUUCUUGAAGGCGUGACCCGUGACUCUGUUUUGGGACUUGCCCGGGAAAGACUAGCACCAAAGGGCUGGACUGUGUCCGAGCGCAAGAUUAGAAUGUCUGAAGUUGCUGAGGCAGCAGACGAGGGUAGGCUGAUUGAGGUGUUUGGAUCUGGCACCGCAGCCAUCGUAAGCCCUGUACGAAGCAUCAGCUACAAAGGCAAGAUGGUCGAUUGCGGCUUGAAGGAAGAUGAGGAAGCUGGCGAGAUUGCUUCCCAGAUGAAAAACUGGAUUGAGGGAAUCCAGUAUGGUGAUGAAGACCAUAAGUGGAGGUAAGUCUGCUGUCGGAUACAUUCUUUAUGAUCUUAUACUGAUUUUACCAGCUACGUCCUGUAAAUGAAGCCUCUGUCGCGCAAAAUGGGCUACAAGUCGUUUAGAGUGUUUUACAUGA